GCUCGGGGGGAGGAGGUGGAAGAGGGUGGUUGGGGGGAAGGUGUUGGUUGUUUUUUUUUUUAGUUUCUCACUGCUGUAAUUUGUUAGUAACAGGUAAUAAAUUAGAUUAAUCUCCCUGUGCUGAGUCCAUUUUGCCUGUGAUGAUAAUUGUUGAGUGAUCUUCUGUCCUUAUCUCAACCCUUGAGCCCUUUCCAUUGUAUUUUCUCUCCCUUUCUGUUUGAGGAGGGGGAGUGACAGAGUGGUUGUGGUGGAGCUUGGCUGCCCAGCUGGGUAAAACCACCACAACUCCUUGAAGGAAACUGGACAGAAUGGUAGAGCAGGUGGAAUGCCAACAGUGUGCUGCGCCCACACAAAUGCUGAGUUGAUGUUAACACGCUGUACAGUGGAGUGGACUUUCAAACUGGAUCGUAUAUUUUCUUUAAUUAUUAUAUACAUAUACCUACUGUGCUAUACCAACGUUGCAACACAGAGUUCAGUGCCAACGAACACCUCCCCUCUACAUAUAGAUAACAGGUUUGUUGCCUUGCAAGUGGUCUAGGAAAACUGUUCUUACAUAUUUGACUUCCAGAGACUAUAAUUUCCUUGUGAUUGUGACCUCUGCUGUAACGGGGAUCUUUCAGAUGUGCAUACUUCCAUCUCCUGGAGAGAAAAUAUAUUGCAUGUACCCAACAGCCUUCUGGGGGACUUCUUGUGUCGAUGAUGAUACUGAGGGAGGGAAUGGUUUAUUGUUGCACUCAGUACAAAAACUCUUUAGAUCAGGGGCAAUAAUUCGGGGUGAUCACGUAAACCUGGGAGGCUGCCAGCGCGAGGAACGGGCAGCGUUGUUCCUGACAGCUCUGCGCUUGGUAGCUCAGGGUGCGAGAAGAAGCGCAGCCCCCCACCGCCUUCUGGUUACUUUUCGUCAGGCACCGCCGCGGGCAGCCCCCGGCCUCGCGCGCGCCGGGGUCCUCGGCCGCUAUAAGAGCGUGAGGCGGAAGCCCCGCCCCCUCUUCGGCGUGCGGCUGUCGGCGGCGGCGGCAGGAAGCCGGGCGGGAGCGGCACCCACCGAGAGGGCCAUGGCCGAGGAAGGGUGAACGGGAAGCUUCUGCUUAGAGGUGUGAAGAUUUUGGCAUGGACAGAGCAAUAAUGUCUGUCUUCUGUUUAGCAUUACUGCUGGAGGUGUAAUGG